GAGUUCUCCAUAUGCAAAUGAAACAUCCUUGAAUGCUAGCUUCUGCACGAAUGGCGGAUGGAGAUGUCAGGAAAAACAUAUAUACUCAUUGUUUACGUUCAAAAGCAAUGAUCAGUGACUCUUUAUCAUCGCCAAAAGAGUAUAAGGUUGAUGAAGCUGGAACUGUCCCCAUGAUGUUCGUGCGGCCUUUAAAGUCCUACGAACUUGGCAUUUAAAAAAUUUUAAAACUCAUUUGAAUCGUCACUUGAACGUAUACCUGUAUCAUUGCUCGUGAAAUUAUCUUGGUGAUUUCCUUCCAUGUAGUCGGUAGGGAAUAUAGAGAGUUGGGCUUAGCUUUAGGCCUAUUGCUAGUACUAGACUGAAACAGAUUUCAACUAAAGUUUUUGCCUAACACUGCGUUUUUUUCUGCUGUGGAAACCGUAGUUACGAUACGAAAGCGAAUUUACACGGUAUCGCGGUCCAGGCAGACUACAGUUGAAAGAGCUAAGUUAAAGCCAAACGUAUGGACAAUU